AUAUCGCACGGAUGUGACAGAGUCAUAAUCUUCAGCAUGUCCGGAAAGCCAGAUGAGGAUAAUUUGAACCACAAUUAUGACCCCGCAUACCGACACCUCGUAAAAGCAAGAGAAAUCGCCCAAAAAGAAAAUGUAUCAUCGGAGUUGCGGUCGGAAAUUAACAGAGCAAUCGAGCUGUAUCAACAAAGACAUACUUACUGCGAAAAUCAAACAACUCAGCCCAGUCCUGCCCUGGAUACCCUGAUCAAUGAAACCCUCUGUUAUUCAUGGAGGGACACCCAUGAAAGGGGAGAGAUUUCUUAUGUGGCAACUCCUAGGAUGCUUUCGGGCAAUAAGGAGGUUCAGCUGAUAAAAUCCAUAACCAGUGCGAGCAAGGCCCGCAUGGCUUUAGAAAUCGGCCUAUUUACCGGAUGUGCGUCACUUGGGAUGGCGGAGGCGCUUCAGAAGGACGGUAGAGUGGUCUCGCUUGAGAUUGACAAAGGCAUUGGAGAUCUGGCCAGGUCCUUCCUUGACAAAUCACCAGCAGGGCAUAAAGUAGAAAUAAUUGUAGGGCCUGCUUUAGAGAGUAUGGGAAAGUUAGCGGAGAAGAAAAUGAAGUUUGACAUUAUUUUCAUGGACGCCAACAAAGAUGGCUACGUUUCUUACUAUAAGACUAUUUUUGAAAAGGAUUUGUUGGCUUCCGGUGGAACUCUUAUUGUUGACAACGUUCUAAAAAGCGGCGAUCCAUACUCAGGGGAGAAAUAUGAAUCGAAUUCCUGGGCAAUAUCAGAGUUUAAUGAAGUGGUUCUCCAAGACGAUCGAGUACAUAAGGUGAUGCUACCUGUGAGAGACGGUAUUUAUCUGAUCAGAAGAAAAGAGGACACAGGGGCUUGACUACCUUAAUACCAUACCAAGGCCUGACUUAUCCUAAUACCAUAGCAGCUUCAUUACAUUACUACAAAUAAAUGCCAUUCAAAUUUA